CCCUUGCCUUCCGGAGACCCAUCUUUGACAACGACAGUGCUCGCAUCAAUAUGGGUAAUGGCAUCAACAUCGACCAUCUUUCUUGUGCUCCGAAUCUACUGUAGAUCAUUUCGUACUAGAAUGAUGUGGUGGGACGAUUAUCUCCUCAUCAUGGGAUGGAUGUUCCUAAUGGCUGGGGUCUUACUCCAAACAGUCGUUUUCGAAUCUGGGUACCUGGUUACCACUCUGUCAGGCCCCAUCAUUACCCCGGCAAACUUGGCAUCCGACAAUGCAAUGAAGCUUUCCCUAGCUUUCAGCAAGACGUCAUUUGCCCUCACCUUGCUGAGAUUCACGACAGGCUGGUUGCGUCCUGUGAUUAUCCUGAUCACUUGCAUGACAGAUAUAAUGUGCCUUGUGCACUCAAUUUUGGUCUGGAGACCGGCUUGUGGAGCUGAGAGUGCGUUUUCGCUUGGUUCAUGCUGGUCAAUCAACAGCGGCAUCUGGAUGAAUAUGAUCGGGUCGAUUGUCUCCGCGGUGACAGAUUUUGGUCUAGCUCUGAAUCCAAUUUACUCGGUAUGGGAAUUACAAAUGGUCAAACGGGAGAAAGUCGGCGUCGCGAUUUCUAUGAGUAUAGGUGUGCUGGCAGGAAUCGUUGCUGUUCUCAAAGCUGUGGAAGCUCUUGAAGUCACGAGAGUUAUUGGAACCGAGUUUUCUCGCCGGCUUGCCGUCUUGAGCAUUUGGAUUCACGCAGAACCCAAUGCGAUGAUUGUUGCAGCCUCGAUACCGGUACUGAGAGUACUGAUACGGGAUGUUGCAAAAUCA